CUCGCACCAUUCACUGUCGGUGUGUGGUGGAAGGAGCGUCGCUGAAACCCUUGAUCCCAGUCAUGACCAUUACUCUCUACAACAUAAAUGGGAGUCCACCCUGCAACUUAGUGCGCACACUUGCCAAGCAUUUGGGCAUUGAGUUGAAGCUGAAGAAUUUGGACGCUGCCAAGAAGGAGCACCUCAGCGAUGAAUACCUCAAGAUCAAUCCAUUCCACAAAGUUCCUGCGAUUGAUGAUGAAGGUUUCAUUGUCUAUGAAAGCAAUGCCAUCGCCUACUACUUGUUGCGGAAGUACGCCCCUGAGUCGGAGCUCUACCCGGCUUCCAUCAAGACUCGCACUCGCAUAGAUCAAAUUCUCUCAGCAGUUGUCACUACAAUCCACAAUGCAAUGAUAGAAGCCAUCCUUCCUAUAAUAACUCAGAAGACCAAGCCGACGACUGAACAGAUUACAGCAUUGGAAGAGAAUUUCGUCAGAGGGCUGGAACACCUUAUCGGUGACGACAAGUUCGCGGCUGGCGACACUUUCACCGUCGCCGAUAUGGCGUUGGCCGGACGCAUCCCUGCGGCACUCGAGAACAUCUUCAUCAACCCUUCGAAAUUUCCCAAGCUGGCAAGCUACUACGACCGAGUCAAGCGCGAGCACCCUUACUUUGAUGAAAUUUACAAGCCAGCCAUAGACAAGUACAAGGGGCAGUUGGCUGAUAUGAAAUAGUCCCAUACGCGCUAAUAAAGUGCGCGGCUUGAUGACUGAGUACUGUUGUUGUUGAUAAACCAUACAUAUGUUCUAA